AUGAACGGCACACCACAAGUUCGACGAGGCGUGGGUGGCUUUCCCACGACACCGCAGAACACACAGCGCUCCCCAGGCGUACGCAGCCCGAAUGGCGCCACACCGCGACCGAAUGUUCGAUCGCCACUACCAGAUCUCCCGAGAGCGCCUGUGCAAUCGACUUCAGGGCCACUCAUACCCGCGGACAUACUCGAUCCAGCGCAACAGCGCUUCUACGUAUUCGCUCUCUACAUUGCCCUGUGGGCAUACCGAUCGUAUGACUGGUAUACAUUAGCUGUCGAGGAGGAUGAGUCUUUAUGGCUGUGUCUGAAAUGGUGCUUCUUCGAUAUGCUGUUCAUGUUUGGGGUCCCACUGCUGGAGAUUCCCUGGUUGGAAUGGAGCAAUGGCGCGGCGUUUCUACUCUUCGUCUUCCACGCAGGACUGGACGUUAUGCUCAUGUUCAGGAUUGGCGUACCAAUCCAAGCAUGGCUUGUGGGCCUAGUAGGGUUUUUAUGGGACAGUGAGCUGGCCAUCAGCGAGCGAAGCGUCAAACCGGGCGCAAUCCUGCAUAACGCCUCUCUCAUCUUGGGCAAGCAGAUCAUCAACAUCUUGCCUGAAGGCUCCGCGAUCCUCAACCCGGAUAAGCAGUCAUUCUGCCUAAACUCGACCGUCACCCAGCUGGAGAUCCCCAUCCGGAUCAAUCAGACAGAGCCUGUCGAGAUGGAAAUCCUUCGCAUCGAUAUCGAUACCAACGUCAACGAGACCAUAAUCGUCAAGAAGAAAGAGCUCAACAGCAUGUUGAAGAAAGCGAGAAAGACGUCCAAAUCCUCAGACCCAGACGAUCCGUUGACGCUAGCAUACACUGUGAAGAAGCCCGGUUUAUAUCUUCUGAGGAAGGUAAUGGACCAGUCAAAGCUCCUGGUGCGACCGCGCCAAUCAAGUCUCAUUGUGGCUACCUGCCCACAAGCUCGCGUGAAGCCUACGGGCGGCAGUCGUUGCCGGAGUGAUCUAUCCAAUGUUGCACUGGAAGUUGAAGGCACGCCGCCACUGAAUAUCAAGUAUCGACUCACCGUGAACGGAAAGCCUCGAGGUGGAUCUGAGUUUCAAAACUUACAGCCAGAAGAUGCCAUCUCGCCAUUGUCAAAGCAUACAUCACAGGCGCUUGUCAAGAGCGGACGCGAAGAUAUUUCGUGGGCCCGGCCCCAGAAAAUCACGGUGCCCCUGAACGAAACACUCUCUACAAGUGGCACGUGGGAAUAUGAAGUGGAAGAAGUCCAGGACGGACUCGGCAACUUUGUGAGCUUCGUCACCGUUGACGACGAAGAACGCCCGAAAGCCAAGACUGCCGGAAUUCGCCAGUCUUUCCACGUCCAUGAGCGCCCCAAGGCCUUCCUAAAAGGCUGCAACCCUCAGAGCCCACUUCGAGUCGCAAAAGGUGAUAUUGCUCGCCUCCCGGUCUACUAUAGCUCGACUGGAAAACAUGCUAUUGACUCUGUACAUGCGAUCGAGUACCUGUUCACGCCUGAGGCGGACAUUGUCACAGAUGGAUACCAUAGUUCAAAUGCCGAGCUCAAGAAGCAGACCGUAAAGACCGCUCGCGAGCAGCCGCUCAUCAAAGAGGCAGGCCUUUACACGAUCAAGACGGUGUCGACUGAGUUCUGCGACGGCGAGGUUCUUGAACCCACAUCAUGCCUACUUCAAAACCCACCCGAGCCGGAGCUUUCCAUUACCAGCGAAGACAUCGUCGACAAAUGCGCUGGAAACCCAAUCGGUCUCCGCGUUACUCUUGAUCUUGUUGGAAGCCCACCGUUCACCAUCACAUACUCCGAACAUACACAAGGCCGAAAGAACAGGAAGGCGCCAUUGCAAAUUGCAAGUCUUCGUAGCACGAUCGAUUUAACUCCGCGGGAUGCUGGUCACUACAAGUAUAUCUUCGAGUCCAUUAACGACUCAGUCUACAAGGAGCGGCCACUAAAGAACCUCGAACUGCAGCAAAACGUCAGACCUUCGGCACAGGCACACUUCGUCGAGAGCAGCAGACCUAAGCAAGCUUGUAUCGACGACUCAGUUGAGUUCGAUGUUGGAUUUGUAGGCGAGGCCCCCUGGAAAUUGGAAUAUGAGAUUGUCCGCAACGGCAAGCGUGCGAAGUACUCUGUUGAAACGAACGAUGAACAUUAUACUAUCAAGACCGACAAGCUUAGCAGCGGUGGAGAAUAUGUUGUAGCUCUCACAAGCGUCAGCGAUAAGGCGAACUGCAAGGAGUUUUUGAAAGAAGAAGCGAGAGUCAACGUACGCCAUGAACGCCCCAAGGGAUACUUUGGCCACAUAGAAGGCAAGCAAGCGGUCAUGGCUCUGGAAGGCCGGCAGGUGGGUCUCCCUCUGCGGUUCACCGGAAACGGACCUUGGAGGCUGGAGUACGAGAACCUGAAAACGAAAGAAGUCAAGAAGGAGACCUUCCAGAAUGCCAAUUCAUACCUGGAUGUCAAAACCGAUGGCACAUACCAGCUUCUCUCUGUCAAGGAUUCUGUUUGCCCUGGCUUGAUCGACGAAAAGGCUAGCCAGUUCGAUGUAGCAUGGGUGGCUCGCCCUUUGCUCAGUAUUUCAGAGGGUACUGCUGUCCGUGAGGGCAGCAAGUACAUCAAGGAAGCUGUAUGUGAAGGCGACGAGGAUUCCUUCGAAGUUUCAUUGCAAGGAAACGCUCCCUUCGAUGUGGCAUACCGAGAAGAGUACAAGGAUAAGAAGGGCAAGACCGCCUCAGUCAAAAAUAAGGAUCUUCACACCGCCAGCGGAUCCGCGUCGAUUCGAUCAGAUACCACAAGUGCUGGUACAUAUGAGUACAUCUUCACGAAACUCGCAGAUGCUCGGUAUGACCAUUCAAAGAAGCACUUCACGCCUCUCACUGUCCAACAAACGGUUCACUCACGUCCGGGCGCUCGCUUCGACAAGCCUGGAAAGACUUACAGCUAUUGCACCCGAGAAGCAGAAGGCGAAGAAGUCAUCCCCAUUACCCUCGAAGGUGUGCCGCCAUUCCAUUUGGAGGUAGAGAUUAAGCACCACGGAACACCCAAGCCGGAAAUCAGUGUGCACAAGAACAUUCAAACGAACAAGUACGACCUCAAAAUCGAGCACCGCAAACUCCACCUAGGACACUCGUCGAUCUCUAUCCGCAAAGUCCGCGACUCGCGCGGCUGUGUCUUGAAGCCUCCCGCCGGCGGUUCAAGGGUGCAAAUCAGUGUACACGACGCGCCUACUGCUACAGCUCUCGAGGAUCGUACUGAUUUCUGUGUGGGCGAGCGCCUCUCCUUCGCCUUGGGCGGUCAAGUCCCGUUUACCGUCUACUACACCUUUGAAAAGAAAGAACGCAAAGCAUCCAACCCGGGUACUACAUUCCGCCGCCUUGCCGAACUCCCAGGUACCUUCACAAUCACCGGUCUUCGCGAUUCAGCAUCCGAAUGCGUCGCUUCUCUCGAGCUCACCAAGACCAUCCACCCCAUCCCGUCCGUUCGACUGUCGGGCGGGCAAGUGUCAGAAAUUGACAUCCAUGAGGGUGGAGGAACGGAUCUAGAGUUUCAGUUCUGGGGCACCCCGCCAUUCGAGUUCACAUACACGAGGAGCACGAAUGCGCACAAGGGGAAGAAGAGCAAAGUUUUGGAGAUCCGGACUGAGACUAGCUACGAAACUUUUAUGAAGAUCCCCGUGCAGGAAGAGGGCACGUACGAAGUUGUCAGCAUCAAGGACCGGUGGUGUAGUUUCGCGAAGCCUGGCGAAGUAGAAACCAAGGCGGGUAGCGGGAAGCUGUUAACGUACUGA